CUCUCUUGCUUGCAGGAGCUUGUGGUACGCUUUCUGAAGCGAGCUGCCAGCAAUCUUCAGCAGUCCUUGAGGAUGCUGUUCCCCAGCCGUCGUUUAGGACUGAAUGAUCGUCGUCGUAUCCUGGCUCACCAGCUGGGCGAUUUCAUAAUCUGUUAUAACAAGGAAACAGAGCAGAUGGUUCAGAAGCGAUCAAAAAGGAAACAGGAAGAGGAGGAGGAGGGAGUGAAUCCUGAAGGUUUUCAGAACUUUAUUAGCAGAGCAAGUGAAAGUGACCUGGAGGAAGUGCUGACAUUUUACACACACAAAAACAAGUCAGCAAGUGUCUUCCUAGGAACAAACUCCACAAGCACAAUACCCAGGAACACCAGUAACCAGUCAGAGAAGCAGCCUCAAGAGAAGCAUCCUGAGGUGGUGACAAAAAUUAAAGAUGAUCAACCCAAAAGUUCAGUUGCAGAUCUGCCUGCAGAAGGAGCAUUAAAAGGCUAUAAACCCAAAGAAGUUAAAUCAACCUUUCCAGAAGGACCCACCUUCUCCUUAAAUACUGAAGAGAAAUUACGUCAGUGUGGCCCUCCUAGUGCUUCUUCCCCCGUUUCUGGUGCCGUGUUCCAGAGAAGUACCAGUUCCUGGAUACCAUCUCAGCCUGCAGCCUCUGAAAAUUCACAGAUGCCUGGUCAUCAUUCAUUGCCGGCUCCUUCAGUUGGUCCCAAGCUGAUUCAGUCCCCAUCCCUACUACCCUCCUCGCAGAGCACAGCUCCUGACAGCUCUUCUGUCUUCACAUACCCAGUGUCCAGUGAGGCUUCUAGCCUUGCAGAGUUACGUCGUCAUUCUGGUAGCUACACCAUUGGCCCAUUCUCAUCUUUUCAGAGAGCUGCUCAGAUCUACAGCCAAAGAUUAUCCCGACCAUCCUCUGCAAAAGUAGGUUUGUGCCACCGCAGUCCAAGUGGGCAGCAUGGGGGCUCAGCCAGGAUGCACAAAGAUGCAGAAGAUGCUUCUUCCCGGGGCAAACAUUAUAGCCCCAGUAUGGUAGCAGCAGAACUGCAACAGCUGGCAGAAAAGCAAGCAGCCUGUCAGUAUUCCCCACCAAGCCACAUGAGUCUCCUUACACAGCAGUUAACAAAUCUGAACUUGGGAAGUGGAGCUAUAAGCAAGGAGAAUGCAGGUGCCCCGCAGAGCUACCGGUCACCACUCUACAAAAGAGGGUCAUUGUGUGCUGUUCAGUCAGACACUCAUAUAGCUGACAAAAGAUAUGUCUCUUCAGCAGUCAGGGCUCCAGAGAAUCAUCGUUUUGCCUGGGUAGGAGAGGCGGAGAACAGUGUCUACAACAAGGUGACACAGAGUCCGCUGGCCCAUCCCAAACGUCAGCUCCAUUUUGCUUUUCAGCAGGAGAAACUUCAGUCACGACAGAUGUUGGAGCAAAGCCAAGCCCGGCACCAGGCUCUCUUUGUCAACUACUCACAGUCCAGCACCAGCCAUAUAUCUAUGCCCGCUGGCUCUGAUGCCCGCAAGACAUCAAGUGCCACUUCUAGUAUCCAGAAGGCAGCCAGUUUGCACAAAGUGAUGCCAUCCCACAGUAUGCCUUCUCAGCUGGUUCCAAAGCCUCCAGCAAACCACAGGCAGGCAGUGGUCAGAAAGGCUGCAGCCCAGAGGAUUUCCAAGGUGACCUCCACUGAAAGGCAACUGAAUGGAUUCCAGAACAGCCUUCACAGUGCUGGAUCCUGUGAGCCAGGGACAAAUUCCACAGCCUCUGCUCACAGAGAAGGACAAACACUGAACACCAGGUGAGGAAUCCCAGGGUGUUGCUUCAAGUAUGGGACAAAGGAAAAAGCAGCAGUGACUUCAUACUACCACACUCCCGUAGCACCCAGGUUGUGAAGAGGAGGUCGUGGUGAGAGGACAACCCAUUGAUGAGAGUACCUGAACAUCUCUGGAAGCUGGUGAUACAUCUACAAGCUGAGGUGAAUUAUUGCCUCUGAGAGCUUCUGCUGCUGAGUCUUGGGGUCCCUUCCUUCCACCUCUUUCUGAUCACUAACUGUGAGAUCUUUAUAUAAGACAGAGGUCCUCCAGCUGUCUGUAUUGUUUCUUCUAAAAUCCAAGUUUGAACAUAAAGUCUCAUUUGCUCAGCCAUUUCUGUCUGUCCCAGGCUGGUAACAGCCAAGAUUCUCUGCUGUCAUCACAUGGCAACCAUCAGCAGAGAAAAAUAUUAGAACAUAGGACUGGAGACAUCCGUGUUGGUUGCCAUCUUGAAUUUUGGCACAGAGCCAUAGAAAUGAUUGGUUGGAAUAAAGUAAUUUCAUUUGUUUGUUU